GCAUCUAAAAAAUACAGAAACUGUUCAGAAUGGCGACCAUGGCGUCGUUUCAGAAUAAGCUUGCGGAACUGCAAGCUAGACUUCGUGCGGAAAAUGACGCAAAGAAGAAAGACAAACUACCUCGUGAUCUCAACUUGAACUUUUCAAGCCCCCAGCACACUCCACGAUCCCGGCCCAAGCCUUUUUUACCGAAUGAGAUGGCAGCAGCACCUAGCCGACCUGUGAAGCAGUUUUCUCUGCCUACAUCAAGUCCAAUAAUUACACGGCAAGACAGUGGGGGCGAUUCUGAAAGCAAGUUGAAGGAGAUCCUGAAAGCUGGUAAUGUGCUCACCAUUGGUGGCCAUCAGUAUCGGGUUGAGAUGGCUGACCUUGAGAAGCUUGGUGACCUCGGAUCAGGUACAUGUGGUCAUGUGGUUAAAAUGUGCCACCGGCCCACAGGCAAAGUGCUGGCUGUCAAGCAAAUGCGGCGUUCAGGAAAUCGUGAGGAGAACAAGCGUAUCACCAUGGACCUUGAGGUAGUCCUACGCUGCCGGGACUGUCCACACAUUGUGCAGUGUCUGGGAUACUUGAUUACUGAAGGUGAAGUGUGGAUCUGCAUGGAGCUUAUGGAGACAUGUCUUGACAAGCUGCUGAAGCGCCUCAGGCCACGUGCACUGCCUGAGGAUAUACUUGGAAAGACGGCCCUUGGAGUCCUUCGUGCCCUGCACUAUCUCAAGGAAAGCCAUGACCUGAUCCACCGAGAUGUGAAGCCAUCCAAUGUUCUACUUGACAGACAAGGUCGCGUUCGUCUUUGCGAUUUCGGUAUUAGUGGCCGCCUUGUGGACUCCAAGGCACGCACACGCUCUGCUGGUUGUGCAGCAUACAUGGCUCCGGAGCGCAUUGAUCCACCAGAUCCUACAAAACCCGAUUAUGAUAUUCGGGCUGAUGUGUGGAGUCUUGGCAUAUCUAUGGUUGAGCUUGCCACUGGCCAGUUUCCUUACCAGGAUUGCAAAACUGACUUUGAAGUUCUAAGCAGAGUCCUUCAAGAUGAGCCUCCUUCAUUGCCUGAUGAUGGCACUUUUUCACCGGAGUUCUGCUCCUUCGUCAGGCAGUGCCUCACAAAAGACUACAACAAGAGGCCAAAGUACAAGAAACUUCUGGAACAUGCCUUCAUAAAGCGGUACGAAACGAAAGAGGUGGAUGUAGCAGCAUGGCUAGCCAGAGUAAUGGACAACUCCCAAGAUGGCCAGUGAGAAAAGGUGGCUGAUAAAGGCUCCCAUGGAAGCAGCAAGCAGAUGCCAAAUCGAAUGCUUGGUUUAGUUUCCAACCAGCAGCGGUUUUGCCCUCACAUGUCGACCCCCCCUCCUUUUUUUUGUCAUGCAACUGAGGAGGAUGGCACAGCACCAGUGUAUAGGAUCUACAUAAGAGGCUGGCAGGUCAUGCCCAUUUUUCAUAGCUGUCCAUCUUGGUGUUGCAGUGUGGAGCAAGGUAUAUAGGAUGCAGUGUACACGAGAUACCAGAAUCUGUGGCAAUGGCUCACAGGUAUCUUUCUCACUCAUGCCCGAUUCCCCCCCUCCCCCCUGAUAUUACUAGCUUUAAUAUCUUGGUGAUACUGACACAGAAUUCAGCAGAUAAGAGAAGUCCAAUUGGGAAGAGACACUGGCCAUGUUUUAGCUGCUUUUUUUCAACUGGUCUGCAUUGAAAGCUUUCAGUGCUUUCUGUGUACCUUGCUCCAUGCAAAAUUGCUUUUGCAUAAGGCCCACUUUGGCUUGAUGAGCAGUACAGUCAUUUGGAUGCUCCAGUGCCAUUGCAAUGUUGUGGAGUACGUCGCUUCUAUUCUUUGUCCUCUGUUCCUGCUUUGAGGCCUAAGAAACACCAUUGGCCACAGAAAACUGCUCACAGGGUUGAAGACCACGAGCAGGUACUGCAAAUGUUACCAGCUGGGAGGAUGAGUUGCGUGUUUUUUGUUUGCCUCUGACAACCACUUUCCCAUGCAAAAGGAAGGUAUCUUAAUGUUUUUAGAAAAAGGUUAUAUUUACUCUGAACAAAAAAUAAUCGACGUGUUUUGCACAAGCCUGAUAUUUGACAGCAGGCAUGAUGGGCACUGCAGGGCUACAUCGCAGCAUGCAGAGUAUUGUUCUCAUUUUGAUAAGUUGAGAAUUUUGAGGCUAUGCCAGUUUUGUAGUUUUUCAGCUGCUAAGGAAUGUAUGAGGCAAUUUUUAUUCCAGAUGAGUUCAGGUUUUUACAAAUCGACGUAUUUUUAUAGUGUGUAGCACCAUUUUGUACAUAUAUAAUGUGUGUGUCUGUCUGUCUUUAGUGUACAUUAUAAACAUUUUAAUGCUGAUGAUUUUCAGUGAGAUGAAAGGGAAUGUAACUUUUCAUUUUUUUACUCCUUACUGUAAAUUUUAAGCUUCCUGUGUUACUACUGCAGCAUAUCUAUCUUUGUGCGCAGCCACCAUGCUCAGACAGGAAACAUGUGAUCCUGCUUUUUGUGGCCACUUAAGUGGCUUUGCAUUAGGACCUUCUUUCAAUGCAUUUAUUUUUUGUAAAUGCUCAUGAAAGCAGCCUGGUGCAUGGUCCUUAGGACUUCUUAUUAAUGCUAAGCAUUAGUUUGUAAGUGCCAUGUCCUUCUUGCUAGUUGCUCACUAUUGACAAAACAAUUAUUUCCUGUUGACUUUUUUGCUUUUUAUUUGACUUUUUUUUAUUGAGCAGGAGCAUUACAUCUUCCUUUCCACAGCUUUUUCUUGCCGAGGCUUCUAUAUUUUCCAAGAAUUAUCUGAAAGGAAGAUGUCACGGCUGCAUUAAUUCUUAUUUAGGUACUACAAUAUUUGCAAUGUCUACGAACUAUAGGUGGUGUAUUGUACGACUCAAGAUGGCACAUGGAGGAGGGUCAACCGUUCGUUAGUAUAGGAAUAGAUAGCACAUGUGGAUGUAUGGUCCGUUCCACUUUCACGGGAUGAAGUCAUGAACUGCACCAAAAAGAAUAUGAAACUGAAAUACUUUCUCAAACCAUGGAAGCUCGCCACCUAAUUAUUUUCCGUAGUAUGAAAGGUUAUAUUUUAGCUCUGUGACCAAGCAUAAGCAAUGCCUUGUAAAAUCGGGUGCGUGCUGCAGAAAACUUCAUGAACGAAGAUUCACAUAUGAACUGAACGACACUCUGAAGUAGUAUGCAUGUGGAGCAGUCGUGCCUAAUGAAUUUGUUGCAGUACUAAGCCGCCAGCAAGUAGCGUCAUCGCUGCUGCACAGGACUGUAUGUUUAACAGGUAAUGGCUUGCAAACAUAUCUCGUCAUCAUUUCAUGCACAGUCAGAAAUGCGGAGUUGCUUCUUUAACAUACCACAAGCAUUUAACAUCCCAUUCAGUAGUGCUUGUGUUGCAACCAUGCUCACACUCUAGCCAUAUGCAAUUCACUGCAUUCGGAUGUGGCCGGGUCUAUCAGCAGGAUUGAAACAUGGAUAUCGAAAAAGAUACGAACGUAUGCUUUUCACGCCUAAUGUUUCGACAUUGUGCAAAUUCGUCGAAUAACUGUGCCGUGCGGAAGGUGCAUGUGAAGUACAGGAGAAGUUAGUAGAGAGGCUUGAAUUGUGGCUGUGAAUGCACAUUUGAUUGCUCUGACCAUUUUUCUUCGCUGGUCAAGCUAAAUUGUGUUGGCAGCAUACAGCACUCCAUAAUAUCCACAAUAAUUGCACUACAUGCAAUGCACAAGAACUUUUCUUUUAUUUUGAUUUUGCUCAAGGAUAUUAUACAUCAGAUACAGUCAAAGGGUCUUACAAGCAUGAAGAAAGUAAAACACGAGGGGAUGUGAGGGACAAGUCGCUACUCACGAGUUAGCAGCUGAUCGUUCAUCAUUGCUGUCACUCUCAGUGCUUUCACAUAGCCUUCUACGUCCAGUGAAAAAUUCUCGUCGUCAUGGCUUUUUUCAACAUCACUGCUGAAAGCGAUCUGAAGAAUUUCUGCCGCCAAACGAAUGUCAUGGAGAGGUCGGUUUGUUAACUGAUGCAGGAAACAUGCAAAGUAGUACGGUUUUUUUCUUGGUAAUGCCUUAAAAGGGCCCUGAAACACUUCUUCAAGUAACCUUGGAAUGGAAUCGCUGGGAGAGCUUAUUGCCUCACAAACUCAAUGCCGCAAAAAUUUGAGGAUUCCUUUCAAUGUGAAUGGAGUUACAAAGAUUUGUUGCAUGCUGCAAGUGCAUUCUCUCUUGUCCUGACGAAAGCGCUGGAAGAUAAGCAGCGAAGGAUGGCAGGAGCAAAGAAAAUGCGUCACCUGCACCUCGAUACCUUUUUUUUUUCUCUUCGAAUGCGUGGCUUCUUAAGUGUGAUUGCGCGUGCGCACGUGGACAAGUAGCAGCCUCCCACGGCGAUCUUUGUAACGACUGAGUGCAUCAUGUUCAGCCAAUAGUUGAUAGAUGGGCUUUUUACAAGUGAUUUUUGAGCGUCUUGCGUCAUUUGUCGAGAAAAGAGAAAGCAAUUUUUAGCUGACUUUGAUAAUUUAUUGUGAAUUCGAGGCCGCGUGCUGCGCUAUAAUAUUUGGCUCGCGUGUUCUAGAGAGCCUCUACUAUCGAUCAGCAGCAUUUUCUGACUAUGCUCAAAAAGUGUUGCAGGGCCCUUUCAACACUGAGGCUAGCACAGCCAAACAAGGGAGCGAUUGCGUGCCGCUGCCUUACCGACUUUCCUCACAAGGAUUCUCAUGAAUUACGCUUAGCAGCGCGACAGUUUAUGGGCAUUGCGAAUAAUUUGCUCUUUACACAAAGAUUUACUGCUUGGUUGCCUUCUCUGUGACACCUGCUUAAAUGCUUGAAUGCCUAUAGGAAUCACUUUUCUCUUAUACAGUGUGUAAAAUUACUACUGCUCUGUUACUGAGCAGAGAUUCCCACGGCAAAAAUCUAGCAGUGUCUACUUUUUUGGCCAGAUAAGCCAUUGUAGGGUGGAGUGAGACGCAUAUGUUUUAGACGUUUGGGCGAGAGCUUUUUUACACUUUAUUUAGUAAUUGAAAAGUUGCUGCCCAAGGUGGCCCCAGUCCUCUCGCUUCCAGUCCCUCUCUCUGUGCAUGUUUGUGUGCUGUCCUUGUCCUUCUGGUUAUUCUUUCUGCAUUAACGUCAAUGCUGCUGAGGGCUGUUGCAGAUAGGCAGGUACAGUUCGUCGACGUAAUUUAAAUGAGAUGUCCUGUGGCAUUUUGUGUGUAUUGUUGUGCUUCGGUUACCAUUUGCCUUUGUGUCCUCAGUAGCUUCAGUUUACUAUCAUGGAGCAAAAUAUUUCACCCCAAAUCGCAUUUCGCUUUGCAAGGCUAAGGCUUUGACUGGUUAUUGCUUGAACUAACUGGCGCAUUAACUGUUCUGUAAACCUGGUCCUUUGUGCAACUGCAAACGCCAAAUAGGUUACGCCCGGCAAUUUUUUUUUUUUCGUGUACCUUUGCCUGCCGAGACAUUGAAAGCGUCUCUGAAGUUUUUGUUGUCGUAUAUUUAAGGAGGCAUUUUUUGUGAGGAUUCAGGCGUUCUCCAAAAUGAGUUGCCUCCGCCGGCUCCUUUACACUAUUUAACUAUGUGUGCCUGUUAAACAGGUUUAAGGGUAUCCAGUUUUUUGCUGUUACAUUACUUGGCCAGGCCAGCCUUUGUGAUAUAGAUGCUUGUGGAGGUAGGACAACUUUUUGUUCACACUCUGCGCUGGUCUUCAACCCUGCGGGAAGAACUGUACAGCCGUAUUUAUGUAUAAACACAGCUGCUUGUGACUUGUCUUGUUUGACCAGGCUAGGAUCUUCUCUUGCUCUUGAUGCGUUGUCCUACUUAAGUCCCCCCUAGCCAGCUGCUUCCAUGUUUUUGCUGGGAAGCAGCAUGUGCAGAUGUGAUGUACAUAAUGUUUCACAACAGUGUGACGUAUAUAUAGUAGAUGAUUCACAUACUAUUAUGAUGUAAAUAUGAUUGAAUCGUGUGUAAGUAAUCCCUCUCUGUCGCAUGCAAAUGGAAAAGUCUUGUCGAGUAGAGGGGCAACCUGUGUGUGCAUGUGCUUUUUUUUUUCUCCCAUUGUGAAGAUGCGGCUAGUCAGUUUUUCUAUGUUUAUUCACAUGCUGCACGGAGUGAUGAGCAGCAGUCAUUACAUGACUGCUACUUUUGUGUGCAGUCAUGCAUACACAACCUCUGGAGACUUAAUUUAGCAUAUGGCUGGGUGCCCAUUGCAUUGCAACGUCUUUAGUUUCCUUUUGUGCCAUCCAUCAUAUGUGUGCAGGGGCUGUGAUGCUUUUUUUUUUUUUACCUCAUUCUUUGUGAUGAGUAAGGCACACUAGGGAACUGGGAUGGAGUUUAUGCUUAGUUGAAGUGCGACUAAAGUCUGUGUAAUUUAAAAUGUGCAUGUAAAGUGGUGUUCAUGUUCAGUGAGGGGACGCUAAAUAUUUCAAUUUUUUUUGUCCUGGUUUCACGUGGUGCAAGGUAGUUUUUUUUUUUUAAUGCUGCUGAUGUGGCACUUGAAGAGACUUUAAGUAGUACAAAAGCCACACAUUGUCAUACAAGACAUGUCCGUGCUUUUAGGGGGGUGAAAGUGGCUUUGUUUUAUAUGAAUAAUAAUAAUUGUUGGUGUUUUAACAUUCGAAAACCACUAUAUGGUUGUCAGACACACCAUAGGGGUGGGCUCUGGAAAUUGCAAGCACCUAAGGUUCUUUAAUUUGCACCUAAAUCUAAGUACAUAGGCUUCAAGUAUUUUCACCUCCAUCGAAGAUUUCAUAUGAAUGUCUUAACAGUACAUGUCUCAGUUGGGUGGCAGCAUUCAUUACUGUUUAAAGCUUAGACAGGUUAUGUGAUGCUGUGCGAGGAGAUGUGCUUGCUUAAAUCUUAAGAGGAUGCAAGAUCUGUGCCACCUUUCCAACUGUGCUAGAGUCCCCUCAACGAAUGUCGGUGUUGUCACAUGCUUGUUUGGUGAGCGUUCAUUUCCGCGAGUUGUGUGCGGUAUUUUUUUUCUUCUGAUUCAAGCAUUGUGCAGCAAGUUAUACGGGGCAGGCUUAAAAAGCAUUGUGGAUGCAUUGUUUCAGUGUGUAGUAGAUGCAUGUGCACUUCAAACUGUCAUAUCGUAUUCUCUUGUUGCUUCAAAGUGUCUGGUUGUGUUUCUUGUCAAAUUUACGGGUUGUUUCUACUGCUCAUUUUUCGUCGUGACCAUAGUAGAGAGACACCAUAAAAAAAACACCGUGGUUUAGGGUGGGCUGUUUUCGUGCAUGUUAAGCAAUUGGCAGUGAAUGGCAACUGCUCUCUACAGUCGUGUACAACUAUAAAAGGCUGGCGCAUUUCGGCCUCCAACGCGGAUGCACAGAAGCCUGCACCAAUAAAUGCGUGCUCUAGCUGUCGCAAGCCCGGCGGCGGUGACCCCUCCGUGUGGCAUAGCCAGAUUUUUUAAUGGGAUGGGGGUCAGCUGUCUUUAUGUGCGUGCAUGCAUUUGUAUGUGUGGGUAUGCACAAUCAGAGUAGUGGUCUGACACGAAUUUUAAAAAUUCCCCGACCGAAUUUUGUUGCAUCUAGUUCGAAUGUGCCGAACACUUUUCUGCACUACUAACUUGGGUACCAAGACCUUCGAGCCAUGGCCGCAGCGCCGUACUCCUGUAGUAUGAUUGAUUGAUAUGUGGGGUUUAACGUCCCAAAACCACUAUUUGAUUAUGAGAGACGCCGUAGUGGAGGGCUCCGGAAAUUUUGACCACCUGGGGUUCUUUAGCGUGCACCCAAAUCUGAGCACACAGGCCUACAACAUUUCCGCCUCCAUCGGAAAUGCAGCCGCCGCAGCCGGGAUACGAACCCGCGCCCUGCGGGUCAGCAGCCGAGUGCCUUAGCCACUAGACCACCGCGGCGGGGCUCCGGUAGUAUGCGUGGCUGGCUUACCACUGCUGCGAAUGGACCCACGGUCACUAUCGACGCGAGCAGUAGACGCGAUCAUAGCCACAACGCACUUCUGAACGCAAGUGCGCGGCCAGCGCACACAGUAAGAUAAGCUACUGUUUGCAUCAGCUGCUCACUAAACCGUUGUCGCUAUAUCCACGCGAGCAUGUAUGGUAACCGAGGAAACUGAAAGCACAAGUGCAUUCAGCGCUUGCAGAGUCUAAGGGAUGCUGCCUGCCGCUAAGUUCGCAGACGGAACCAUGGUAAGCGCGAUCAUGGCAACCACGCAGUCCCAAAGGCACGUGAGCUACGAACGCACAAGGGCUGAAAACGAAACUGCCUUUUACUUCAGCCACCGCUCUCAAAAAUGGGGUCGCUGUGAGUGCGAUUGCCAAUGAGACUAAGCAGGCCUGAAGGUAUGCGCUAUCGUGGCGUCAAAGAAGUAACAAGACUCGAAGCGUUUUGGUGCGCUCCAGUCGUUUGCUUAUAACUCUUGUGAAGUUUACUUUGGCUCGUUUUAAGUUGGUCUCUAGUGAAGCUUUCACAUGCACGUUCACGCAGCUGCCAUCCCUUAGCGGUCGUCCGUUCGCGUGUGCCCCGUAAAGGCAUAUUGGGGUUCCAAAGUGGAUUUCGCUAGUUUUUUCGUGGCAUGAAAUUUCGGGUAAAACAAGCAUUUUUGCUCCCCUUUGAGGUUCGUAUCGCGGGUAAUUUAGUGCAUUUCGUGAAUGCAAUCAGCUGCCACUGUGCGCUCUCCUGGGCAGAGGAAGUCUUGCCUUCUAUAAUGGGCCAGAAACCAUACCUCGGGCCUAGUGAAAAAACAUGUUGUGGAAAGCAGACACUCCUACUAACAACUGAUCUAAGUCUUGCAGUCGUGUGUGGCAAGGAGAGUUUAGAAGUGGAGCGUCAAUUUCUCAGGCGGCCUUUUUCUUAGCGAGUCCUGUGCUCAAUCUGCGAGCUAACGGCGCCUCCUGCUCGGCGUCGCACAAUGGAUGGCAUUCUAACGGCCAAAUUCCAACAUGAAUCAUAGUUUGGAUAAAAUACGCCUCUUGUCAUCAGGUGCCGCCACGUAUUUUUUUCAUGCUCAAUAGUCUGUUAACAUUUCACAGCCUCACCAGCGUGCAGGAAAACCAAUAGGGAAAAGCGAUCGCAUUUCAUCACGCGCACUGGCGUAUCUUCUUUACCCUGUGCCAUAUUGUGUAGUUUCUUCGCGCUCGUAGGGAGGAGACAAGAAAGCACUUAGCGACAAAUCACUUUGGUCGUUUUUGAUGGAUUCCAGAUAUUUUUGCGGCAAUCGCUUUUUGAGUAAGCUGAUACUGAGGUCAUACAAUGAUUACUUGGAAGAGUGGUUCAGGCCCCAUUCAAGUUGCUACCGACUGUAGACAGUUGCCCUCUUCCUUGGCACGGAAAGCCUACAGACGUAAAUGCUGAAGCGUGCGAGACCACGCAUGUAAUUAUUUUGAUGCUGGCUCUGAUAUUUUUUGUUUAUUUAUUUUAUUGAUGUUAUUUGUUGCUGUUAUAGUAAAUGUGAAAAAUUGACAACUGGGCUUUAGUUGUGCUGCCAGGCCUGCAUGGGAUGUGGUUGCUGAAUUGGUGCGAAGGCGAUUUAUUCACUGUGUUCAAAAUGUUGCCACUGCACGUGCUUUUAGCUUCAGCAGCGUCCCACCUACAGUAUAUCUGUAGCAGGUGAGGCAGUUUGCCUUGCCCCCUCUCUCAGCACUCUUAUGGUUCAAAGUGCACUCGUGCUGCUUUUGACAUGCUGUUUAGGAAAGUUGACAUCAUAAGCUGUCACUGCAGGAAUCUUACCAAUGAAAUGUUGGGGAAUAAUUCGUGCUUUGUAAUUUCCCCUAAUGUGGUUGGGUGUUGGUCUGUGUGGUGCCUUUUUAUCGACCUUAUCAUGGACUGCAUGGCAUUCAAAUGUUCUUGCUGUUUUCGUGUUUACCAGGAAUUUUUUUAAUGAACACAAAUGUAGCCUUUUAAAAAAAUUCUGUUAGAAACUGCAACCUAAUGGCCACAACGAAUUCAAGUCAUUGUGUCCUUCUCGUGUGUACCAGUGCAUUAUCCUUUGACUGAGCUGGGAAAGAACAUGACUGAAUCAUCCCACUAUAGAUUUGAACUUGAAUGGCACCUACUGACAUCAGUGGGCGAACCUGAUGCUUGCAGAUCAUGGAUAGUAAUUAAUGUGAUGGUGCCGCUGUUUAUUUUGCAAGCUGUUUCUUUUAUCAAAGUGAUUUACAGAAAUUAUCUUCGAAGGCUGCUGGAGAGAGCAUUUAUUCAGGCCUUUUUUAUUUUGAACUGGAGAACAAUUGGGUUCUCUACCAUUUUUUAUCAUUAUGUGACUCUCAAGCAGUUUGUGUGACCAGUGUGCAUUGUCACGAGCCGAGGGCAUGAUGUACGCAAUCUGCCUCCAUCUGGCAGUGCCAACUGUGAUGCAUUGGGCAUUGUGCCUGCCCUGCUUGCCUGCUGGUUCCCUGUAGCGAAAUCUCGACUGAUGUAUGCCCUUGUCGACGAGUGGGGCUCGAUUGUUUUGCAAAGCGCAAAUAAAAGUGGCAUUCUGCUCUUGAA